AUGAAAAAUUGCAAGAGACCUCUCAUGAAUCAGGAGAGAGACUUUUAUGAAAUUCCAACGGAUUGUUCGGAGGAAGAGAUUCAACGAGGUUCUGAGUUCGUAAAAAGAUUGAAAACGAUGGAUGAUCAGAGUAUCUUCGACCAAUAUGUCGAUGCAAUGAAGUCUUAUCAAUCUGGUUCUUUAAGCUUUACGGAUCUCAAAAACAGAAUCGUUUACAUUCUUGGUAAUCACGAGGGUUUGGUCGAAGAGUUUCAUCAGCUUUUAUCGGAUUUAGCUUCUCUUGGUGGAAGAAACUCAAUCAAAGACUUGCAACAAACGGUUCAUGUGUUCUUAAACAAAGUAGAAGCUUUGGACAAGGGUUUAUACAAAGUGUUUCUCGAUGCGUUUAGGUCUCCUGGUGGUAUCGAAGCUCUUAUUGAACAACUCGAUGCGAUUUUACGCGAUCACGCACCUCUAAAAGAGGAGUUUAUAACGCUCCUAAUCGAUUCUCGCUUACUCAACCCGAAACGUGAUACGGAGGAGGAAGCCAAACCGAGUCCAGAAGACAAGCAGGAUGAGCAAAAAAUUAGCGUAAAGUGGAAGAAAGUGACACCAUCGUAUCAGAUUAGACCUGGAGCUGAAGAGGGAAAGUGGAAAAAAGUGACACCAUCGUAUCGGAUUAGACCUGGAGCUGAAGUAGGAUCCUGUUCCUCUGAUGAGGUUUUAAACAAUAUAUGUGUUUCGAUGGGUGAGUACUUUGAUCCUGAUAAAGUUGUAAAGACGAAGAGACUACCUUUGCACUAUGAAAGAAUGAAUGACCUCGAGGACAAUUUGUACGACAAGGACAUGUUGUUGGAACCCCUAACUUCGGUCAUUAAGUUUGGGAAAGAUGUCUGGUGUGAGAAGCCGCCUGUGGGAUUCGAUGAAAUCAUAAAGUGGUACUACGAAGUUAAGGAGAUGCCACAAAUAUUUAAGACUGAUCCGAAACCUGCGAAAGGCGUUCCUCGGCGUGGGCGUGGUACAUUCUGCGGAGGGGUUCCUCCGCUUAGUUCUUCCUGCCAUGCCAAUGCGAUCAUCCAAUUGGACGGGGUGUGA